AUGGCCGCUGCGUCCACCGAACAACCGGGCUACGUCUUCACGGAGACCCAGGACUGGUUCUCCUUCAACAUCGAGACAUGGCGCGGCCUCUUCCACCACAUCCACAGCCCCCACGCCCGCGUGCUCGAGAUCGGCUCCUGGGAGGGUCGCUCCGCCGUCUUCCUCCUCACCGAGCUGUGCCGCGACGGCGGCGAGAUCGUCUGCAUCGACCACUUCGACCUCAUGCAGACCGCCGCAGGCCGCGAGCGCCACCGCAGGCUCAUGCACAACCUCGCACUCACCGCGAAGCCCUUCCGCAUCCUCCCCAUGUUCAGCGUACCUGCACUGAUGACGCUCUUGACCGAGGAGAUGUCCGCUGCGCAGCCAGGGUUCGACUGGGUCUACGUCGACGGCUCGCACGAGGCCGACGACACGUUCCUCGACGGGGAGCUCGCGUGGCGCCUUGCGCGGAAGGGCGCGGUCAUCAUCUUCGACGACUAUCGCUGGGACAAGGAGCCCGAGGAGAGCAUGCAUCACCCGAAGCGCGGGAUUGACGCGUUCCUCGCGCUGCACAAGGGCGAGUACGACGUUCUUUCCUCCGGGACGCAGUACCAGGUCGUCCUGCAGAAGACGGUGGAUAUGCGCAUCGGCUUCCUCGUCGCAGAGAAGGCGGAGUUGAAGGAGGGCCUCGAUAACGCGCUGGGGUACGGUGUGAACGUCGCGCUCACGAUCGACGCGGAGUACGCUAUCGCUGCCGCAGUCGCGAUCCGGAGCGCCGUCCGCCACACCAAGGGCCGCGUCACAUUCUACGUCGUCGGUCAAGACCUCUCCGACGACGUGAAACAGAGGCUCAGGCACUCGGUCCCGGACGGUGCAGAUGCUACCAUUGUAUUCCUCGACAUCCCUCGAUCCUCCGAUGAGCCACACGCCGAGCAACCGUUCCCUCGAGGACUCACUUGGGCUAAGAUCGGGAUGAUUCCGAGGCUGCCGGUCGAAAGGGUCUUGUACCUGGAUGCCGACGUCCUGAUCCGUGGAGACCUGAAGGAGCUCUGGGACGUCGACCUCCAGGGCAAGCCCAUUGCGGCUGCAGUGGACGUUGGGUUUCCUGUGGGCCACGACGGAGUCAAGCAGCCUCCAUACUUCAACGCCGGCGUCCUCCUCAUGAACCUCACGACCAUUCGGAAGCGCCUCGAUGAGCUGAACGCCCUCGCCGCCACGAUGAAAGACUCGAGGAUGCAAGACCAGGACGCGUUGAACGUCCACUUCGGCACCGAUUGGCUCCCGCUCAGUCUCCAGUGGAACGCGCAGGGCCUCGGCACGUACGCGACGCACCACACGCCGGAGCGCGCGGCCUUGCAGAUGGACGAGAUGGAGGACCCGAAGAUCGUGCAUUUCACAGGAUCGUUGCACCCCAGCAUGGCUGCGGUGCUGAAUCCGUUCGUACAGCCGUACGACGGGAAACCGUGGGGCUAUGCGGGCGCGCCCGGACAUCCCUUCGCACGGGAGUGGUGGGAGGUCUGCGAGGAGACGGCCUGGAAAGGCUGGCGUCUGACCGACGAGUUCCGCGAGUUACGGGCCAGGAAGGUGGAGGAGGUCAUCGAGGCGGGGGUGGCCGAUUUUAGACGCAAGGUUGCUGAGCCGGAGUUCAAUGUUUGA